AGGCUCUUCACUCUUGUGCUCGUGCUGAUCUUCACAGGGCUCCUUGCCCAUACCUUCGUUUCCGAUCCUCGUUCGUGUCUUUUGGUAUCCUGCUCGGCAUUUCACUAUCGCUUAGCACAAACUCCAGUCGAUACCCUUACUGCGGCUUGUAAUUGUCGCGACAUCUCCAAGAUGUCUUCCGCUACCCCAUCCCACGAGUUCGACAUGGACCGGCCAUACAUUCCAUCGAGCCGGCAGUCACUGAGUGGCAGUGUCUCGGACCUCCGCGUACCCCAGACUCCCGGCAGCCGUCCUAGCUUAGCGCGGCCGUUGACCAUGAAGAUUGACGAAGACUCAAGAUACCGUGCCAUCAUCAAGCACCUCUACGCCAAGGCAUGCUCCAUGCGAUGGAUGACUUCAGGAGCUCUUGCUCCCGGUUCAUGCGAAGGUGUGUUGAUCCGAAAGGGUCAAGGAGAGUAUGUCACAGAGCCAGUGGCAGCCAACAGCGACCUCCUCUCAGCAGUCAAGAGGAUCAACCCUGGUGUCGCACUGACCAUGAGCACCGACGGCACCCAAGCCAUCUUCGACGUGCUUGAGCCCUUUGAGACGGAGUUGAUGUUCCAGAACGGUUCCCAGAUUCAGAUCUUUGAGUCCAUGGCAGAGGUCGCUACCUCAUCCACAAUCCGCAAAUUCCAGUACGCUGCUCUUAUCCGCCAGGAACGGCUACUCCUCGUAUGGCACGACGACCUUGGUGCCAUUCUUUCCCAGGCCAUGGAGGUUGAGUCAAGAAUCUUGGCCUUGGUUUGGGGUACGGCAAAGAACCCCUUUAGUGGUUUCGACAGCGCGAUCCAGUCCAGUGCCAACUCCACUCUUGGCGGCUCCACAGUCGACUUUGUCAUCGACAAGAAGGAUGAUGUCGAGGUCAACGCAGAGGAGGUUGAUGGUGACGUUGAGAAGGGUGAAGGACCAAGGGAGUCUCUAGCUCGUCCACUCAUCUUCACCAGCUCCAUCUUCGUCGGUCUCGCCAUGGUUUUGAUCAUCGUCCUCGUUAUUGGUCUCGGUAACAAGGCCAUUAUCCUCCAGACCAUGACCGACCACUUCUACCCUCGCAUUGCCCUUGUCCUGACCGAGCCUCUCUGGAUUGCACUAGGUCUUUUCUUCGUCGUUGUCGUUCUGGGUAACAUCUUCGAAGUCUUUGGUCCCAUCACUGGUGUCAAGACCAACAGUCGUUUCCACUCCGCCAUCAAGCCCAACCUCGCCCAGGCCCGCGCUCUCGGUUUCGCCCCCUCAACCAUUACCAUUCAGAUGCCCAUCUACACCGAGUCUCUGGAAGGUGUCGUCAAGCCCACCGUCGCCUCUCUCCAAGCUGCCAUCUCUUACUACGAGUCCCGUGGAGGAACCGCCCGCAUCUUCAUCAACGACGAUGGCAUGGCCGUGCGAUCGGAAGAAGACAACGCCAAGUUUCUGCAAUUCUACGAGAACAACAACAUCGGAUGGGUAUCUCGCCCCAAGCACAACUUUGAAGGUUUCGUCCGCCGCGGAAAGUUCAAGAAGGCCUCCAACAUGAACUUUGCUCUCAACAUCUCCAACCGCGUCGAGGAUGUACUUCAGGGGCUGGUCGACAACCGUUUCGACAAGGGCGAUGGCCUCGUUUCCAUCUCGGAGGAGGAGGAACUCGCCCUCUACCACGAGGCUCUCGACCAGGUUCUUACUUCUGAUCCUCGCGCAAAGGCCGGUGGCAACAUUCGUAUGGGUGAGAUCAUCCUCAUUGUCGACUCUGACACCAUUGUUCCCGAAGACUGCCUCAUGUACGGAUCCGCCGAGAUGUUCCUGUCGCCCGAAGUCGCCAUUGUCCAGCACGCCACCGGUGUCAUGCAAGUGUCCUGGGAUUACUUUGAGAACGGCAUUACCUACUUCACCAACCUUGUCUACACUGCCAUUCGCUUCUCAGUCGGUAGCGGCGAGGUCGCUCCUUUCGUCGGUCACAAUGCUUUCUUGCGAUGGCAAGCUGUCCAGUCCGUCGGUAACGCCCCGGAAGAAGAUGGCUACGUCUGCUUCUGGUCGGAGAGCCACGUGUCUGAGGAUUUCGAUAUCGCGCUUCGUCUCCAGAUCAAGGGUAACAUUGUCCGCCUGGCUAGUUACCACGGUCGUGGCUUCAAGGAGGGUGUGUCGCUGUCUAUCUUCGACGAAUUGGACCGAUGGGAGAAGUACGCUUAUGGUUGCAACGAGUUGGUCUUCAACCCCAUGCGCACGUGGCUCUGGAAGUCUCCCUUCACCAAGCUCUUCCGCACGUUCCUCUUCUCCAAUAUCCAGUUGUCUUCCAAGAUUUCCAUUUGCGGAUACAUCUUCUCGUACUACGCUUUGGGAUCUGCUGUUCCCCUCGGUGCCCUCAACUACUUCUUGGUCGGUUGGCUCAACGGUGACCUUGACAAAUACUAUGUUGAGUCCUGGAAGAUUUUCAUCGUCUUGCUUAUCGUCUUCAACGGCAUGUCCAACGUCUGCUUCGCCAUCAUGCGCUACCGUAUCGGUGAGGCCAGUCUGCUUGGUGCUUUCUUCGAGAACCUGAAGUGGAUGCCCUUCUUCAUGAUCUUCUUCGGCGGAGUUUCGUUCCACAUCCUCCUCGCCAUCCUUGCCCACAUGUUCUCCAUCGACAUGAGCUGGGGAGCCACGGCCAAGGAGAAGGACAAUUCCAACUUCUUCGCCGAAAUCCCCAAAAUCUGGAAGCGCUUCAAGUGGAUGUAUCUGAUCAUGAUUGCCAUGAUCGGAGGCAUGAUUUAUCUUGGUUGCUUCGCUCCUCAUGGUUGGGAAAUCACCGGCCUCACCGCCGUGUUGCCUUGGUCUGUCACCGUUAUUAUGCACUGUCUGUUGCCUAUUGUGCUCAACCCAUCGUUGACGGUCUUCAACUACUAAGUGUGUUUAUGUGUACGGAUUUCCUUUUUGUGCUGGAUAUGUCGCUGCGGCGUUAGAAAAUCAUGGAUCGGGAUAAAUAGAGCGGGUCAUCGCAUCAUGAAAGGCACCAUACCCUUGCCGGCGUUGUUCUCUGUUAGACCUUCAUAAGAGGUUAAUUUCUAAUUUCAUAUGUGUAUAUGUUACG